GGAUCGGAUCGGAUCGGAGCAGAAAAGACUUGGUGCAAAUCAAGCGAGUAGAAGACCAACCACCCACCGCUCGCUUUGCGUUGUGCGGGCUGGGACGAAGUUAGAGCUGACAAGAUUGUAGUCAACGGGAAGCGGAUGGCCGAUAUUGCACUGGGCGGCGUGGGGAGGAUCGUCGAAGUCGCACUCAAGAUCAAGGAGGCCGUGGAGACAGUUAAGCAGAACGAGAAGGAAUGCCGUGGCAUCCAGAGUCGCCGCUCUCCUCAAGCGGCUUGAUGAGACGACGGAGACGAUGAAGGAUGAGGUGACGCGUGACACGCUGGAUGAUCUGGCGAAGUCCCUCGAGCGCGCCCUGGAGCUCGUCACGGAGUGCCAGAGGAAGCACAUCUUUCGCCGUUUCUUGGGGGCUGGGGACAUGGCCAAGGAGCUGGGUCGGGUGCAGGACGAUAUAGUGCGGAAGCUGCUUCUGGGGAACUUCGCCACCAUUGUCCAGGCCACCAUUAUGUUGACCAACAUUCACUCUGCUGGUGCUCCUCGUUCUCCUCCUCCUCCGCCCCCAGAGGAGGUGGUUCCUGGCUUCAAACGGUUCAGUUUGUCAGAGUUGAAGGCCACUACAGAUGACUUCUCGGACGAAAAUAGGAUUGGAUCAGGUGGCUCUGCUAAGGUCUACAAGGGUGUACUACACGGCGGACAAGUGGUUGCCAUCAAGGAAAUUAGUGGCAUGCUUUUGUAUGAGAAUCAGAGCCCAUAUGAUGAAAUUAAUGUAUUUUUAGAGCUUAACCACAAAAAUAUUGUUAGACCUCUGGGAUAUUGCCACGAAAUCACAAUGGUCUUGACCAGCUAUCGUGGCAAAUAUGUUGGAGUUGAACGUCAGCAAUUUUGUUUCGUCGAAGAAUACAUGCCAUACGGAAGCAUGGAGAACACUAUCAAGGGCACGUUUCUACUGAAAUAUAUAUAUCGAUUAUAGUUCACCUCUGGAAAAAGCAUCUCUUAACUUUGUUAUCUCUAAUGAAUAGUUGCUUCUUGCAUGAUUUGUAAUUUGUAGGGUCUCGACGCAUUGACUGGUCCUCCCGCUUCCGAAUAAUUCGGGGGAGUGCCCAGGGCGUACAUUACCUACAUGAACAACGCGUUGUCCAUUUGGAUCUGAAACCAAGCAACAUCCUCUUUGAUUCCGAUAUGAAUCCUCGGAUCGGCGAUUUUGGAGUAGCUAAUAAAAUGCUGGACCAUGGUGAAGAUGAGAUCACUCGCGACGACGACUCCAUAGUUGGCACAGUGGGAUACAUGGCUCCAGAAUAUCUUGGAGAAGGUAUUUUGUCGACUAAGUGCGAUGUGUACGCUUUUGGCGUCACUCUCCUUUGGACCGUUAGCAGUAUGUGCAAAUCUAAACAGCCGGAUAUCAACGCUUUAGCUGGA